AUGCAUUCUCAUCAUGCUAAAUUCAAUUCCAGUCGAAUCACAAUGAAAAAUAAUGAACUUCGUCUUGCAUCAACAGCAGCAUUAACAUUUUCUCCAAAAAGACAAAUUAGAUUUUUUGAACAAUUAAAUGACUUAAAAUUAAAAUUUAUUUUACGUCCUAUGGAAAUAUCAAAUAAUCCCGAAGCUAUUCGUUGUAUGAGCCUUAUUACAAUUAAUACAGCAUGA